AGGUAUGUUUAAACUAGCUCUCCUCUUGAUUGUAAUCGACUACUGUUUGGCGCACUGUGGAGGACAACAGCAAGGCUCUGAAGCAGUAACUGAAGCUCCAUGUCAGCCAGAACUGGCUACACCACAAUUGGCGCACCCUCCACCGGUUCAAAGACCAGUCGUACUCACUCCACUCAGACUUCCAGAGCUUGAACCCGCGCAUCAUAUUCUACGUUCGCGUCGACGCCACCGUCCUCGCUGGUAUUGGAGCUACUCCAGCUCCUACUCUGAAUCUCGUGAGCACCGCAGAUCCCGAACUCGUCCAGGUUCAAGAUCUAAGGAAUCCAAGGAGAAAAAGCGCAGAAGUCGCUACAAUCGCUGCGAUGACAUCGGAUACUUCUGCACUGAUGCAAACUGUUACCCACCAAUGAUAAGAUAUGUUGCUUCUAAGUCGUGCGAUCGAGCUGUCGCCUCGUGUGGUACAUCAUCGUCUGUUCUUGCUACAUCUGAUCGUAGGAUCCUUGCCAGUGGCAGUGGAAUUGAAAUUGUACUGAAGUGCAACAAAUGGGGAAGUUGGACAGCUUACGAUUAUUAUGGGCAGAAGGAAGCGCAUUCUCCAAAUAUCUUUGGAGCAAACAAAACUCGUCAUGAGGCCAAAGGUGUUUCAUUAGAAGAACAAUUUCAUGAUGUUGUGGUGUCAAAUUCCUAUGUUGCCCUCGCUUAUAGUAUGCUCUAUCUACUAGCGUUAGCGAUUUUGCCCGUAGCGAUCGGUCAUGGUUACGGCUACGAUCCGGUAGAAAAUCAUCCGCUGGUGGUAGUUGGACAACCGCCUGCACCUGCACAUUAUCCACCACCGCCACCGUCACCACAGAUCGUUCCAGUGUACCCCUAUUACGAUGAUUGGGAUUCAUCGUCGUCGGAGUCCCACGAAAGACGCAGUCGCAGACGCCGUCACCGUAACGAGCGCAAGAGAGAUGACAGAAGACGAAGAAAGUGCAAAGAACUGAGAGAUUUCUGCCAUGGAGUAGCCAACUGUACACUACCAAAAAUUUCGUAUUUCUAUGAUCGCGGCGUCGAAUUGGCUUACAUCAACUGUCAGAACGUUGUACAACCAGCGGCGUUGAUGACUGGGAACAUGUAUCUUUCGAGAGGGACUACAGCGAAGAAGCUGGCCACUUGCUGGAGGGGAAUGUGGACCGCUUACAAUGUGAACGGUACCGUGUCAAUGUUUGACAAUGUUCGCUGCGUGGCGAUUGAAGAAGUCUGAAUUCAUUCUAUUUGACAGAUUUCCAAUAAAGUUCAGCACGAGAGUAUCUACAAGAGCACGAU